AUGCGCCUGCCAGACGCUUUGACACGUGCAGAGCGCCUGACAGUGCGGAAACAGGUUGUGAAUUUCGGGAGUGAUGAUGAAUUAAAACUUGAGAUAUCAGUGGAUGGAUCCAUAAACUCAUCUGGAUCAACAGAGACUCUGCUCACAUCUGAUAAAUUGAUGGAUGAAAAUUCCUUCAACCAGCCAAACAAGGAAUUAGGUGGAUGCUACUCUUUUCUGCAUUUGUUAUUUUCAUGUAAAGAUUUUGCAGACAAAAUGAGUAAGAAAAAUGCCCAGGUUCAUGAUUCUUUUUCCGGUGAAAAUGAUGAUACGUCUCUUCCCAAACCCAAAACCAAGAGGCUCUAUAAGCUUUGGAAGGGUAACAAUAAAUUUUUAUGUGGUGGGAGAUUUAUUUUUGGUCCAGAUGCAUCAUCCUUAGUUUUAACAUCAAUUAUGAUUGGAGGUCCUGCAAUGGCGUUUUGCUUGAAAAUGUUGUUGUUAAUCAACCGGGAAAAUCCUGUUUAUCACUAUCCUGUAUUGGUUGGAGCCUUUCUUCUUACGAUUUUGGAUUUUUCUUUUCUCUUCUUAACCUCAGGUAGGGAUCCGGGGAUAAUCCCAAGGAAUGUACAGCCACCUGAACUGGAUGAAUCGUUAGACAAAAUUACUCAAUCAACGGAGUGGGUUAACAACAAAGAUCUUAAUUUGAAAUUGCCUCGGACUAGGGAUGUAAUGAUUAAUGGCAUAUCGAUUAAAGUUAAGUUCUGCGACACUUGUUUGUUGUAUCGUCCACCUCGAGUUUCUCAUUGCUCAAUCUGCAACAACUGUGUUCAGAAGUUUGAUCACCACUGUCCUUGGGUGGGACAAUGCAUUGGACUACGCAAUUAUCCAUUCUUCAUUUGUUUUAUAUCGUCCUCGACAUUCUUGUGCAUAUAUGUCUUUUUCUUUUCUUGCAUGAAUGUCCUACGUCAGGAGGGCAGUUUGUUGAUGAUCAUGUCUGAAGAUAUACUAUCAGUUGUUCUCAUAGUAUAUUGCUUUAUAGCAGUCUGGUUCGUCGGUGGGCUUACAGUUUUUCACUUUUAUCUCAUGUGCUUCAACCAGACAACUUAUGAAAAUUUUCGGUACCGGUAUGAUAAGAAGGAAAACCCCUUCAAUAAAGGGAUGGCAAAGAAUCUUAAGGAAAUUUUCUUCACAAAGAUCCCACCUUCAAUGAUCGAUUUCCGAGAAUGGACAACAGAAGAUGAUGUUCCAGUAAUGGGAUCUUUUCAUUCGGAAUUUAGUGGAGACUUCAUUAAUCCAAAAGAUAAAUUUGACCUAGAAAUGGGGAGUAUUGGGAAGAAUUUUGAUAGCCAAGUUCCAAAUAUUUUGCAGAAUUUGGAUUACAAUGGUAUUGAUGGUGAUUUGAAGAAGAAGGAGGCAGAUGGUACUGCAACUUUUGAUCCAUUUUUCUCACCUAAUCAUGGAGCACCAAAAUAUUCACAACGUUGCUCCACUGAUAAGAGGACCAAUUAGAUCCCUUUCAAGUACAUCACUGAUUCGUCAGAGUUGAAGAGAAGUAAAAACAAAUAUUCAGUGAUGUAAACAAAGAGAAGCAGAUUGCCAAAGCCAUUCCUGCAGAGUUG